AUGAUGGAGAACUUAUCUUCAAUCGUCGAAGCGUUAAGCAAAACAUUCAGCCAAGUAUCGACGCUGCUCGGCAUACAAUGGGCUCCCAUGGACAUCCCUAUGUCCCGUCGCCUUCAGACCUUUGCAGCUUUCCUCUGGAUCUACCUCAUACUCUUCGGAGAAGCCUUUGCAGUAUAUCUCUUCAUUCGACUGGUAUACUCAAAGUAUUGGUGGGCGGCCAUACUUUAUGGAGUAUGGAUGUUGAAUGAUGUUGAAAUUUGCAACCGUGGUGGACGAUCGUCAGAAUGGGUGAGAAAUUGGAUAUGGUGGCGGUACCUUGCCGACUACUUUCCAAUCAAGCUAGUAAAGACUGUCGACUUGGAUCCUUCUAAGAACUACAUGUUCGCAUGUUUCCCCCACGGUGUUAUAUCCCUUGGAGCCUUUGGCAGUUUCUGCACAAACGCCUUAGACUUCAAAAAACUGUUCCCUGGCAUGACUUGCCAUCUCAUCACUUUAGGAGGACAUUUCCUAGUUCCUUUCUUCAGAGAAUUGGCUUUGGCACUUGGAAUAUGCUCAUCUUCGGAACAAAGUCUUCUGUAUCUAUUAGACAAGAAGAAGUAUGAAGGGAACUGCGCUUGUAUGAUUAUCGGAGGUGCUGCCGAAGCUUUGGAUGCUCAUCCUAAAGAGUAUAAAGUGAUUCUCAGUAGAAGGAAGGGAUUCAUUCGUGUUGCGAUGAAGUCUGGGGCUGCUCUAGUUCCAGUGUUUUCUUUCGGCGAGACGGAUCUGUUCCGUCCCCCGAACAACCCUGAGAACAGCCUGCUUCGUAGAUUCCAGGAAAAAGUGCGUCAGAUCACUGGUAUCUCCCCGAUGUUUCCCAUGGGGCGUGGAUUGUUCCAGUAUUCUUAUGGCGUACUGCCGAUCAGGGCGCCUGUCACUACUGUUGUUGGUGCUCCAAUGGAAGUGAAAAGGAACUUGGAGCCGACAAACGAAGAGAUAGACGCCGUGCAUGCAGAGUUCACACAGCGACUCCAGACUCUCUUUGAAACGGAGAAGGUGAAAUACCUGAAGUACCACGAGGAAGCGAGGCUAGUCAUCACAUAG